AUGGAACCCUUCUAUAAGUCUGGUCCAGAAAGUGCAAAAGAUACCACUCUUUCUGUUUCAUCAACAUCAGAAGACGGGCCAUCGACAUCAAACACAUCUGCUUCGGAACACAUGCCACCACCACCAGCCUACCACAUGGUAGUAGACCCCAGCAUGCCGAUCCCAAAUCUCAGAAAUCCAUACGACCACAUGGAAGAGGAUGAUGACAAAGACGACGAAGACACACCCGAAGUCACCAUCAACGCCGCAACACAAAUUCGCGGCCAUGGAAACAUAGUAUCCAUUGCGCAAAUGGAUAGCAUGCGUGUGGCAAAUCUAAUCAGCACCAUACUCACUGGCGAUCCCAACAAAGCACCCUCUGACGGUACUGGACGCCCGUUAACACCUCCAUCUCCCACAGCGCGGGUUCUAGCCACAUCACGGACAGAGAUGAGAGGCGUGAAAAUGUACCCCAGUAUCAACAUUACCGUCAACUGUGGCGCGACGAUUAUUGGGGACAGAAAUAUUGUUGGCCCGGGAUUGGGAGAUAUCGCAAGGCAGAUGCAGAUGGCGCAGAGGAAUCAGGCGGCGCAACAGCAGCAACAGGCUGCAGCACAAGCACAAGCGGCUGCCGCAGCCGCCGCAAGACAAGCACAAAAGAUGAAUUCGGGGCCGACUAUUGCUACGCCGCCAAUGAGUCGGAGUUCGAGUUUGCAUAGUGAUGCUUGCGGGAGGAAGAGGAAAACCGAGGAUAUAGAAGAAGGCUGUGCUGGAAAGAGGGCUCGUUGAAGAGCAUGAUACGUACUAUACGCUUACUGUUUACGAUUGUUUCUUGGUGGUUUUGUUCGUGUUGUUUUGCUGGCGUUGGUGGCAAAUGUGUUCACGACGGUGAUGAAAUCAUAUGGUAGUAUCCUAGACAAUUAGCAUUAAAAUCUGUAACGAUCCGCCAAGUCAAA